AUGCCUCCCAAGAACACAAAAAAGCCUGCGGCUGCGACUAAGACCUCGGCGGCGACAUCAGCUGUCACAGCAACGCGAGGUCAAAAAACCAAGAGGAAGAACGCGGACACACCCGGUUCUAUUAAUAAGAAGCAGAAGGCGACGAAUGCUGGAGAGGCCGAGACAGAUUUCGAGGAGGGCGUGGCAGAUGCUGGAAGAGAGGAACCAACCGGGGAUGAUGGCGAUGGCGGCGUCAGGUGUCUGGUGCGCCCUGACAAGGCGUGGGCGCUUGUUGAGAGGUCUCACGUCGAUAAGCAGCCAGCUGCGUCGCACAAGAUGUUCUUUUUGACGAAUGCUUCCGUGUCUCAGCUUGAAGAAGACGAGAUCGAUAACAUAAUUCCUCCUAAAACACUGCCAGAGUCGUUAUUCCCUCCGAACUGGACCCAGCAGGACGAGCAAGACUUGCAGAGGGCGUGGGAUGAGGAUCCCGAACGGCCCGUUUGGAUGGACAUUCCAGAAAAAGGGAGAUUCACUAAACUCUGGAAAGUGUUUCUGCGCCUCUUUCGUAAGAGCCCUGCCGAUGUCAUCUCGGCCAAGUACGCGUUGCAAUUUGAUCCGGACAAGAAGCGUCCCAGGAUGGGAUGGAACAGCAAGAAUGAACUGGUGGUCUCGCCGGCGUGGACUGCGCUCUUUAUGAAGAGACUGAUGAAUUUGGCGUUCCACCCGCUGUGGCAGGGCAAGGUCGAAUGCCUUAUCGUCGCCAUCCAGUACGCAGUAAUCGUGCGCACCAACGACUGCCGGACAUGGAAGCUCCUCAACCCGACUGGUGAUGAGUUCUUCAACACCAUGAUUCGAGUUCUCAAAAAGCCCGACUGUCAGGGCAUGGAGGUGUCCAAGCUUCACAAGAUGGCCCGCGACGACAUGCAUGGUCGUGACAUCCCGUGUGGCUGGUUCUCUAUGUUCAUGGAGAAGCUAGAGGGCAAGUAUCCAAAUCCACCACCGAGGCAGACAGAAGACAACGGUCCCUACAAGGUCUCGACGACUGACCUUGGGGACAUUCUGGAGGCGCUGACGGACACGGAUCAUCUAGGACUGCCGCUCUUCAGGUACACGGGCGAGGGCUACAGUAUGGAAGCGGCCAACCUUAACAUGAAGGAGGACUUGCCAGCGAAUGACGACAUGUUGGAUUAUUACGAGCGCGGAUUACUCGAAGAGCGCCGCUGGGUUGCCUUGCAGAAGAAGCUCGCGGACCGAGGAAGGCCCGUCGAGUCUUUGACGGGGCUUACGGUCAGUGCCGAGGCGACCGGCUCAGGCUCCACUCAGACCGAUAUCGACCAGCUGAAUGAGAGGAUUCGGGAGUUGGAAGACGAUGUUUUCGAGUGGCAAAGGAAAUAUAAGAGGCUGCAGGGGCAUAACCCGGUCCCGUCUUCGGAUGCGAUAGAGGACCCGAACGACAGCUACGUAUAA